AAUUUAUCAUAAAACAAAAUGUCGGCCACCGAUCAAAUGAGGGCUAUGCUGGACCAAUUGAUGGGCACAACAAGAAAUGGUGACGAUGGCCGUGGCUUGAAAUUCUCUGAUCCUCGUGUGUGCAAGAGUUUUCUGUUGGAUUGUUGUCCUCACGACAUCUUGGCAUCGACACGUAUGGAUUUGGGCGAAUGCCCAAAAGUACACGAUUUGGCAUUUCGUGCUGAUUACCAGAAUGCGGUAAAAUCACGAGAUUAUUACUAUGACAUCGAGGCAAUGGAACAUCUGCAGGCGUUCAUUGCCGACUGUGACAGGCGCACCGAGGCGGCCAAACAACGUCUCAAAGAAACGCAGGAGGAACUUACGGCCGAGGUGGCAGAGAAGGCCAAUGCUGUGCACGCUUUGGCCGAGGAGAUUGGCAAGAAGCUGGCCAAGGCAGAAGCCCUGGGCGAGGCGGGUGAGGUCGAGGAGAGUAUGUCGCUGAUGAAGGAAAUUGACGAGCUGCGUGCAAAGAAAAUCAAAGCUGAACAUGAAUAUCGCACAUCAAUGCCUGCCUCAACGUAUCAACAGCAAAAGUUGCGAGUGUGCGAGGUGUGCUCGGCAUAUUUGGGAAUACACGACAAUGAUAUACGUUUGGCUGACCAUUUCGGCGGUAAGUUGCAUUUGGGCUUUUUAACCAUUAGGGAAAAACUGGCCGAGUUGGAGAAGACAGCGGGGCCACGUAAGGCCGAAUUGAAACGCACUGGCAAAAUACACGAACGUGAUAGUGAACGUUCCCGGUCACGUUACUUUGUGGGUGGCCGCGAGUUGGAUAGACGUUCGCGGGUACAUCGGUCUCGAUCACGAGAGAGACGUCGUGGUGGCGGCGGCGGUGGAGGCGAUGGUGGUUCUAGCACAUCUGGUGGACGAUCGGAUCGUAAAGAUCGUAAUGAAUCACGCAGAGGUGGUGGUGCUGGCAGUGGUCGUGGUAGUCCUGAUAGACGGAGAUCACGUUCCCGUUCACGUGGCCGCAGCUAUAAUUCCCGAAGACGAUCAUCAUCUAGAGACCGUUAUCGUCGCUAG